GAACAACGCUCGAUUACUGCUUGAGUGCGAUAAGUUUGCUGAUUCGCUCUUCCGCAUCGUAAACUAUAUUGAGCAAUGGUCUCUUGCUCUCGGUGGUCAGUGUGUGGCGCGCCAUCGUGGGAUACUGUUGUCCUUUUGGGGAAUCGAUGUAAUUCCCAGUCAUCAACCCAACAGCUACAAUUUUUAUUAUCGUGUCUUUCUGUGAACUAUUAAAAUGGACAGCAGUAAAAAAUAUAAUAAUCCAAAUCCACGAAAGACCGCAAAUCCUGUCAGCAAAUUAGUUUUUUGGUGGCUGAAGCCAUUAUUCACGUACGGUAAAAGUAACAACCUGGAGGUGAAAGAUUUACACAAUAUUCUACAACCCGAUCUCAGCGAGCCCCUCGGUGAUGCUUUAGAGAAGAACUGGAAUAAAGAGUGCGAUUGCGCUCAGAAAGAGGAAAGAAAUCCAAAUUUAUUCACUGCCAUUAGGAAAACGUUUUUGUGGUCUUAUAUUUAUUACGGCGCAUGGACAUUUUUAUGUACUGCUUUGAGGGUCUUGCAGCCUUACGUGCUUGGUCUCCUUAUCAGCCACUUUGCACCAUUUUCACCCAUCACAACAAACGAAGCCUAUGGGUACGCCUCAGGUGUCAUAAUAAUGGCUAUUGUAAUUGCUCUUAUCGAUCAUCAUGUGAACAUGGGCCAACUGGAAAUGGGGAUGCGACUGCGAAUUGCAGCUUCAUCUUUAGUUUACAGGAAGAUUCUCCGGCUCUCCCGAUAUUCAGCAAAUAAAACAGCUGGAGGUCAAAUAAUCAAUCUCCUGUCAAAUGACGUGGGUAGAUUUGACUCAGUAUUCGUAUUCCUCCAUUACAUCUGGAUAAUGCCAAUUCAGGGUGCAGCAAUAGCAUAUCUGAUCUGGCAGAACGUCCAGAUCGCGACUUUAGCCGGCAUAUUUCUCAUUAUCAUCCAAACAAUACCCCUCCAAGGCUACUUGAGCCGAUUGACCCUGAAACUUCGAGGGAAGAUAGCAGUCCGCACUGAUGAGCGAGUGCGUUUAAUGAGUGAAAUAAUCACUGGUAUACAAGUCAUAAAAAUGUAUACAUGGGAGAAGCCUUUCCAAGAGCUCGUGUCAUUCGCCAGAAAAAAAGAAAUCGAUGUCCUGACAGUGAUAUCUUAUCUGCGUGGUUUCAAUCGAGCAACGUUUGUUUUCACCGAGCGUACGACCCUCUACUUCACUGUGAUGGCAUACGUCCUUCUGGGACACGUAAUAUCAGCUGAUAAGGUUUUCUCAAUGGCACAGUAUUACAAUCGUUUGCAAUGUACAAUGGCAAUCUUCUUCCCACUGGCCAUAACAUUUGCCUCCGAGGCUGCUGUUACGAUUAAACGUCUUCAAAAUUUUUUGCUGCUGGAAGAGAAACAUCCAUUCGCAAUUGAAGCAUCACCAAUUGAAAGCACAGCCAUUAAAAUGAAGGAGGUCAGUGCUUCCUGGAACGAUGAUUCCAUUGUCAAUACGCUUCACAAUAUAAAUGUUACAAUCAAAUCUGGAACACUGACAGCAGUGGUGGGGCCAGUUGGAUCUGGCAAGAGUUCUUUGUUGCAGUUAAUUCUAGGAGAACUGUAUGCAAGUCAUGGUCAUGUUGCAGUGGGGGGGACGAUAUCCUAUGCCAGUCAAGAGCCUUGGUUGUUUGCUGGAAGUGUGAGGAAUAAUAUUGUUUUUGGCCAACCAUAUGAUGAGGCGAGAUAUCGUCAGGUGGUGCGUGCUUGCUCUCUGCUGAAGGACUUUGUCCAGUUACCCCAAGGGGAUAGAACACUGGUUGGAGAACGUGGUACAGCGCUCAGUGGUGGGCAACGUGCGAGAAUCAAUCUCGCGCGAGCGGUUUAUCGAAAGGCUGAUAUCUACCUGUUUGACGAUCCUCUGUCAGCUGUUGAUACACAAGUGGGUAGAAGUUUGUUCGAGGGGUGCUUCAAGGAGUAUUUGGUGAAUAAAACGAGGAUUUUAGUCACUCAUCAGGUGCAGUUUCUCAAGGAUGUUGAUACUGUCAUUCUGCUGAAUAAUGGAGUCAUUGAGAAACAGGGGAGUUACCAGGAUUUCCAACAGAAUGAUUUUGAAUUGCUGGACGAAUCUGACAGUAAUGAGGAAGAAAAGGAACAAAUGGGCGAUGGAGAGGUCAGUCCAGUGUCGGAAGUCUCUUAUUUUUCGACGGGAUACGAUGAACCUGAGAAAGAGCCCGAGGAGACCGAGGAGUUAAUGGCUCAAGGGGAAGUCUCCUCCUCGUUGUUCUGGCAGUACUUCAGGGCUGGGGGCAGUUAUUUAGUUCUCAGUAUUUUCUUUUUGCUGAUGGUCUUGGGUCAGUUGGGAAGCAGCGGGUCUGAUUAUUGGGUCGCUUACUGGACUAAUCAGGAGGAAUUGAAAUUGAAAAACCAAAUGAACUCAUCACAGAUCGAUGGGGAUGAUGGAUUUGGUGCGGUUAAUGAUACCCUAGAUACAAGGAUUAAUAUGAGUAGUUCGGAAAUCCCAUCGAAUAUUACGGCAAUUCCAACCUUCCCUAAAAAUUCUGAACAUUAUUACGACAAAGAUACUGCACUGUGGAUCUAUGGAAUCUUCAUAGGAGGAUGUGUUAUCUUUACAACCGCCAGAAACAUCAUGUUCUACAAAAUUUGUAUGAGUGCGAGUAAGAACCUCCACAACCUUAUGUUCUCGUGCUUGCUGAAGGCUCCAAUGAGAUUUUUCAAUACCAAUCCCUCAGGUCGUAUUCUCAACAGAUUUUCCAAAGACAUUGGCUGUGUCGACGAGCUCCUCCCAAUGGCCCUAAUAGAUGCCAUCCAGAUAUUCGCAGUAAUGGUUGGAAUUCUGGCUCAAGUUCUCAUUAUCAAUUGGUGGACAGUAUUUCCCAUGAUAAUAAUGGGUUUCUUCUAUUGGAAAAUAAGAACAAUAUACUUGGCAACAGCGCAGGAUAUCAAACGUUUGGAAGGCAUCACAAAAAGUCCAGUUUAUUCACACGUUAAUGCGUCACUAGCGGGACUGGCGACGAUUCGAUCGGCUACGGGACAGGAAAUGCUGAAAAAAGAAUUCGAUUGCCAUCAGGAUGUUCAUACAGCUGCCAACUCACUGCUGAUCUCAACGAGUACGGCCUUUGGACUUUGGCUGGAUGCAGUUACCAUCGCUUUUGUUGCUUUUAUCACUUACAGCUUCAUUGUUCUGAAGAACGAAGGAACAUUUGCUGGAAAUGUUGGUCUGGCUAUAUCACAAAUUUUGAUUCUCUGUGGCAUGCUUCAACAUGGAAUGCGUCAGACUGCGGAAAUGGUUGCACAAAUGACGUCAGUCGAGCGAGUAUUGCAAUUCACCCAGCUGGAUAAGGAAGGUCCAUUUGAGAGUGAAAUUCAUUCGAAACCCAUGUCAACUUGGCCAAGUCAGGGGCACAUUAAAUUUCAUCAGGUUUAUUUGAGAUAUUCAGAGCAGGACUCACCGGUUCUUAAGGAUUUAAAUAUUGUCAUUGAGCCUGGCAUGAAGGUGGGAAUUGUAGGUAGAACUGGAGCAGGAAAAUCUUCACUCAUCUCUGCACUCUUCAAUCUAGCACACCUCGACGGAGCAAUUUACAUCGAUGGAAUCGACACCAAAAGCAUCGGCCUACACGACUUAAGGAGCAUUAUCUCCAUCAUACCUCAGGAACCCAUGCUGUUUUCAGCUACACUCCGUGACAAUCUCGAUCCCUUCCACCAGUUCAAGGACGACGCACUUUGGGCCGCCCUUGAGGAGGUGGAACUGAAGAGCAGUUGUCGCUCUCUGGACGAUCAAGUUACCCAAGGAGGGACGAAUUUCAGUGCUGGCCAACGUCAAUUGCUCUGUCUAGCUCGAGCUAUUGCCAGGAAUAAUAAAAUUCUCGUGCUAGACGAGGCAACGGCCAAUGUUGAUCCAGCCACUGAUGCCCUCAUUCAGCGAACAAUUCGCGAAAAAUUCCGAGACUGCACAGUGUUGACAAUUGCACACAGACUGAAUACCGUUAUGGAUAGUGAUAAAAUUCUCGUCAUGGAGCACGGCCAAGCCGUGGAAUUUGAUAGGCCUCAUGUACUAUUUCAAAAGAACGAUGGAUACUUAACAAAAAUGGCUAAUGAGACUGGUGCCUCAAUGAGUAAUAAUCUGAGGAAAAUAGCUGAGAAGAGUUACAACCAAGUGUCUUCAAAACUUAAUGCUGAGAAUGCCCUGCAGGAUCAAACCAACGGUGCUUCUAAAACUUAAUUUUAACCGUCCUACCAAGUAGUUAAUAACUAAUGAAAACAAAUCGUGUUCGUAAGAACUUUUUGAUUUGUGAAACAACCAUGACAUUGUGGCUCGACUACUUGAGCAAUUACUCCAAGAAGAUGACACAACGAGACGGAUUUUUGUCCAUUACAUUACAAUUAUCACUCUCAUUACUACCAUUAUUAUUUAAACGUGAAGUGAGAAUUAUAGGGGUAAAUUACACCCUCGAUUGAAUUGUUGUGUACUUAAAGCUUUUGCAGACUCAAUGAUUUGAGCAGAAUUUGUUAUAAUUUACAGCAAUUUAUUUCUACCAACUCAACAAAUAAAUUUCCUAAUAAUAGACACCUAAGAUACUCGUCCUCAAUAUGAAGUAAAAAUAUUGUGUAAAAAAUAUAUUUUUAUAAUAAAUUGUGGAAUAAAAAAGAAUUCAUAAUGGCUAGAA